UUACAUCUGCUUUGAUCACAGUGGAGGAGGGUGCAGUUUCAGCUGAGUUGCUUAAGUCUGAGUUGGCAAGGAUUAUUCCGGUUCGUUGGGACUGGUCAGUGCAGGAGCAUGGUGACAAAGCUCUCUUAGUGCUUUUCCUUCUAAGGUUGAGCUGGAUCGUAUGGUUGCGAUUCGUACUAUCACUACCAAGAACAAGGAGGGAGUUCUCAUUUUCGAGGAGUUCGAUUCAGAAAUCAAGCCCAUCAAGGUGCUGGACCAAGUUUGGCUUUCUGUUACGAAUGUUCCUACUCCGCUCCGUGCUUUCUUACCGCUGUGGGCUGUGGGGUCAGUGGUCGGUGCUACUCAAAAGGUGGAUAUGGAUCACCUUCAACGCACUGGAGAAGUUCGCAUUCUGGUUGCUGUUUUUGAUGUCAAGGAUAUUCCAAAGAUGGCUGAUAUUUGCGUCAACAGGAGCAUCUAUCGAGUCUACUUCAAUGUCGAGGAAGUGGUGGAUGAUGAUCCUUUUAACCUAGAGGACGAUGAUUUACUGGGUGAUGAUGCCGAUACCGGAAGGAAUGACGAGUCACAAUGCGGGGUGGAUGGUAAUGGUGACCACCAUAUGGCAGAUGCCCCUGAGGACGCCACUCCACAGCCUGAGGCACCUACUGGUAAACAAGUUGGUAAAACUACCCCAGUUCUUUCUCAGCAAGAAGCAGCUUUAGUUGAUGAGGUCAUUGACAAAGCUUGUGACGAGUUACUGGAGGAGAUCAGUAUUAAGGUUAUAGUAGAGACAGAUGGCGAGGAUAGACUGUAUUCCCCACCAACUGAGGAGGAGUACGUGAGGUUCUGGGCUUUGGUGGAUUCUUCAAAGCAGAUGCACACAAGGCCCUUGGAGUGCGAUGUUACUGCUGAUUAUCUUGAUGGGAGUCUUCCCGCCGCUGCUUCGCCUUUUGUUGUGCAGGAACCUGUCGCGGAGGAGGCACCCGUGGCUGCUGCCCCGUUGUUUUCAGACCGGAUACAGGACCUAACUGUUGGGGACACAGCUGGGUCGAUCCUCCCUAGAGACGACGCGCUGCCGUACUCGUCGGUUGGGAGCCAGGCGAUCCCCGCUUCCCCUUCGUCCACGGGUGGUGGGCAGGCGCUACCCGUCCUCUCUUCAGCUGCGGGUGGGGGCAAGGAGGUCCCCGCCUCCUCUUUGACAGUGGGCGUGAGCCAGUAUGCUGAUGACACCAUCAUCUUUAUUGAUCAUGACCUGGAGCAAGCUAAGAAUCUUAAACUCUUGCUUUGUGCUUUCGAGCAGAUAUUUGGGAAUUCCAAUGCACCAUAG